CCAUGAACGACCUGCUUCAUUAGGACGCCCUUUCAGAGCAAGAAACAUAAAACAGGUGUGUGAAAAGGACUCAGCUUUAGCCUUCAGAGGGACAGAAGCGCUACAAAGGGAGAGUGCGGAAGAUGUGUGCCGCGAUAGCCAAGCCAGUUCUUUAUACUUAUUUCAGAAGCUCCUGCUCCUGGAGGGUACGAAUUGCACUGGCUCUGAAGGGUAUUGCCUAUGAUUCAGCUCCUGUAAAUCUUGUGAAUGGAGGGCAGCAGCUGUCUCCAGAAUUCCAAGCAGUAAAUCCAAUGAAGCAAGUCCCUGCUCUCAAAAUUGAUGGCAUCACCCUGUCACAGUCGCUGGCCAUAAUAGAGUACCUGGAGGAGACAAGGCCAAAUCCUAGGAUUCUACCUCAGGAUCCAAAGAAGAGAGCUCAGGUUCGGAUGAUCUCGGAUCACAUUGUUACUGGGAUUCAACCCUUGCAGAAUCUGAGUGUCCUACAGCAAAUGGGAGAAAAGAAGCUAGAGUGGGCACAGCGCUGUAUUUCUUCUGGCUUUGAAGCUUUGGAGCAGAUUCUAAAGAAAACAGCUGGACAGUACUGUGUUGGGAAUGAGGUGACUAUGGCUGAUUUGUGCUUGGUCCCCCAAGUGUUCAAUGCUGAGAGAUAUAAAGUGGAUCUUACUCCAUAUCCCACAAUAAGACAAAUCAACAAAGCUCUACUUGAAUUAGAAUCAUUCCAGACAAGUCACCCAUCUCGGCAGCCAGAUACCCCUCCAGAACUAAAAGCCUAAAGUUGCUGUCUUUUCUUAUAGGGUAGUUUCAGCAAAGUUUGACCAGAAAGAGACUCACCCUGUAGAAUAUGUUUGGAAUGCUUUAUCAACAGCUUCUAAAGAGUGAAGAUGAGGGAGGGAGAUGCAAGGAAAAAGCAUAUUAUCAUGUUUGAAAAUUGCCAUCAUGAAACAAAUUUUAGAAGUUUUGAGUAUACUGUGCUGUUGAUCACAAAUUGGUUUUUUUUUUGUUGUUGUUGUUUUUUGGUUGUUUAAUGCUGGCAGUUAAAAAAACCUAUGCAGCUUGUCUUUUACUGCUUAA